UAAUGACAAUCAAUCAAAAUUUUACAAAAAUAAUGUACUUAUUAAUAAAUUUUCAAUGACUAAAACAUAAAAAAAAUCUCGUUAAACAUGCCUGGAAAAUCUGUAGAUCUGAUGCAGAGUUAUUACCUAUACUCAGCAGCACUGGCACUGAAGCUGCUCGCUUUCAUACCUUUAGCAGCUUUAGCAUGGGACCCAGAGAAAAUACACCGUGACCUGAAGACGCUCACUACCUUCUGGGUGGUAGCAGCUUUAUAUGUGACAACGUCACCCGAUCACAGUACCGCUUUGAACCUGUUUCGAGGAUAUGCUUUAGCGAGAUUGGUUGUAGCCUUGGGAUAUCUCUAUACUCUACCGAAGUGUAUGAAGGAAGUGGCGUUCUACGUUUCCUUUGGAAUCACCAGCUUUAUGGGCGGUUGGGUUGUUUAUACGUACAGAAAUGCGCUAUGAGAGAAAAAACUGCCGGUCUGCUAAUAUAUAGAAAUAGUGUAGUUAAUAGUGUAGACAGAAACCUUCGACCUAAUUACUAUACUUAUACUUAUUAAAUGCAAGUUUAACAUACGAGUAGAUAACUAGCCUUAUGUAAAGAUAUCCAUAUGAUACCAAAGGUUCAUAAAAGGUAAAGAACCUACCCUACGUCCAGAAAUACAAUAUUAUAAUUUUCUAUAGAAAAAAAAGCUUCGAGUUUACUAUAUUAUACAAUUUAUACCUACUAAAGAUAAAUAGCAUGCUUUGAUUGUGUCUACCCGAUAGCAAAAUUCAUGAAGUAAGGUAGACAUUUUCUUUACUUACCAAGUUAUCUAAAGACCCAAGUCGUGGCUGUAAUAAAAAUUAGCAUAAAUACUAA